ACCACCUCCUCGCUCAGGCACCGUCGAGUCUGUCCCCGUCUCGACAGUCCAUGGACAACGAAAUCUCACCUCAAGACUUCGUCGACAACUGCAGCAACUCGCCCUCUCCACCUCGCUUCUCCCAGUCUCCAGACAUGGCCGCCGUCGUGGCCAAUCUUCCCCAGCCGCUCUUUCAACCGCCCACGUCGUCCCCGACGACGACCAGCCAGUCCGUUCCUGGCGCUACCAAACGCUACCGUCCCGCCCCGGCCAAGACGUUCCAGUGCAGAGGCUACGGAGAAUGUCGCAUGGUAUUCAGCAGGAGCGAGCACCUCGCCAGGCACAUCAGGUACGUAUUCUCCCCCUUUCCCUGCUUUUUGCAUCCUCUUGUCACCAUCGCUUUCGCUUUCAUAUCCUUCGCUUUGACCACCUGCUUCAUGCGGUUGGCAGGCCCGACGCUUUGCACCGGCGAUGCCCUGCUGUCUACUCUGGCGUUGCCAGCGGCGGGCGUGCCCUCGACGUCGCUGUCGUGUAGGCGCCGCGCCGCGCACGCUUUGGCAGUAUUCGAACGCUUUCUGCUGCCAGCGAUGGGAAAUCGACUUCGCUCUUUAACGAAACACACUGGCGAGCGGCCGUUCUCUUGUCACUGCGGAAAGCAAUUCUCCCGCUUGGACAAUUUGCGUCAGCAUGCGCAGACCGUCCAUGCUGACAAGGCGGAUCAGAACGAGCGCAUGAUGCACGAGCUCACGUCUCUGCAUGCGACUAUGACUGCUGUGGGCAAAGGCGCACCACGAGGCAAACGCAGCCAGAACGCGCAUGCUGCGAACGCUACCUCAGUAAAUUCGGGCUCGAGUGGUCUCGACGGCACACUUCCUUCGAUGAACAUAAAACAAGAAGACCUCCCCAUGUCGAUGCGUCCUGGUACCAGCACAGGAUACGAGGGCGACGACGAUUUUUUUCGGAGUUCUGCAAAUUGGACCGACAGCCGCCAUUCCUUUCGUGACCCCGGCCAGUCCUUUCGUGUCCCCCCAGCAUCUUCCACCGCAGCAGCCCAUCUCCAUCACGGGCACACCCAACAUGCCAGCCAGUCCUUUCUCGCCCCCGCCUCCACCCCAUUCAGCUUCAGUCUCCCCGAUAUCGGCAACACUCCCGGCUCAGCCAGUAGGCCCGGAACUAGCAGCCGUCCUCCAACAUCAAGCGGCGGGAGCAGCGAUCGAUCACUCCCACCCAUCUCUGCCAUCGUCGCCGCAUCCGGUGCUCCCUCCCUCCCUGUCUCGAGCGCAGCGCACCAACUUCCCUACCCACCGCUCGUCGUCCCGCAGCAGCGUGAGCAGUCAAGAGCUUCGCUCACAUCAUCAUACGUUCUACCCUUACCCACCCCAUCAGGUCCGUAUGCAGGGUACCGUGAUCGACGACCAAGCACAGCAACUCGGCCAGGGACUGCUCCAGCAAGCUACUACUAUGGACAUGGACCCACGCUACCACCCUUGGUCGGCGCUCGCCCCGAGCUAUCCCUAUCGCUCGCCACUGGGCACGGACGGCGUGGUCCCGACCGACUCUCUGACGUCGGCAGCGGAGGAUACGAACCAGCAUCUCCUGCUGGACCAUACGGCGACUCACCGUUUUCCUUCCAUGCACCUGCAAGCAGCACCCCAUCCAGCGCGACGUUCCCCUCCGAACGUGAACGCGAUGCACCACCGGCCGUCUCCAAUCCUCGGAAACGACCUUACGCAGGAUCCGACGACGACGAACACGACGGUGGCGGGGGCGAGCGCAGCGAUGAUCGCUAUGGAUCAUACCGUGAGCCAAGAGAUGUACGCCCAUAUAGCUCUGGGCGGCGGCCAGGUACCUCUGGGUACGAGUACGGGUCAGAAUCACGUCCUCAGUCUCGACGGCUCUCCGUCAUGGAGCUCUGCAAUGACGCCGAUGCUGAGCCAGCAGCUCGACCAGCUCUAUCACUAUCAGGCGGCGCGUCUCGGCCCACAACCUCGUCGGGCAUCAUCACAGGCGCACAGCAACUCGCACUCUACGACCGGACGCCAUCCCCAGCAGCCGGACCAGCGCCAGCAGCCGUCGCCGCCGGCCCAUUCGACGCCGAGCGGCGCGGGGGGCAUGCACCGGUACACGCAGGAGCUGCGCCGGCAGCAGGAGGAGCAGAUGCGCCGUAUCCAGCUGCAGCGUCAACAGCAACAGCAACAGGCGGAGAGGGAGCGGCGCGCAUCGGAGGAGGAGCAAUUCCUGAUGCAUAUGUCCGAGGCGUAUCGCCAGUCUUCGUCCGUGAGCACGAGCAGCGCGGGCAGCGGACGCCCCAGUCCCCCGCAUCUCCACCAGCAGCAGGAGCACCUUCAGCAUCAGCAGCAACCGGACCCGGUGGAUCACCACUCGCACGCACACACGUUCUACGCGGCUCACCACCCGUCAGUGUACGGUGGGGACAUGGCGGCACAGGGACUCCAGGACGGGGACCUGGAUCACCUGGCGCUGGAUAUGGAUGGGCAGGGGUACGGUCACCAGCCGGGAGCGGAUCACCGAAUGUAUCCCCUCGUGGACGGUCCCCUGCAUCCGUUGGGUCUCCCAGCGGAGUCUCACUUGGAAUGAGGGCGUGAGCGCGACUUGACGUGCGCGUCCGCGUCCAGGUGGGGGUUUAUUUAUCAUCUGUUACUCUUAAGCCUUUCGCCUUGUGGAUCUUCGGGACUUGAGUCGUUCGGUGGUCUAAUCUACAGCGUGGGCUCUUGUCCUUCCUUUUCUCUCGUGGUCGUCUUGGGUCGCCGUCGGCACUGCUCUCGCCGCUCUCGUAUGUAUAUACCUACCUAGUAUCUUGCUAAUCUCUCUUCUGCUCCUCAUACACGCUGAGCCCGUUCUUGUGCUCGCUCCCCCGCUCGCUCGCGUAGUGUACUUGUGGCUUGUUGUUUGCAGUAGUGUAAUACCUUCGUGUCAAUACAAAAAUUCUUGCUUUCAAGUUUGCGACUCGGGUGCGAUCCCGCUGCCC